ACUGUAAACAACAGGGACGUGCGCCGACCCGGAAGAGAAAACUGGAGCAGGCCCGGAGCAGUUCAGAAGGCCCGGUAAAGCGGGGUGCGGGCAGCUGUAGCCAUGGCCGUGGCCGUGGCCCUGGCGGGGGCUGUGACCGGAACAGAGCUAGGCCCCGCGGAAGAACUCGCCAAACUCGAGUAUCUGUCUUUAGUGUCGAAAGUUUGCACCGAGCUGGACAAUCACUUGGGGAUCAACGACAAGGACCUGGCUGAAUUUGUGAUCAGUCUUGCUGAGAAAAAUACCACGUUUGAUACUUUUAAGGCUUCUCUGGUCAAAAAUGGUGCUGAAUUCACGGAUUCUCUUAUUAGUAACUUGCUACGCCUCAUACAAACCAUGCGGCCUCCAGCAAAGCCUUCUACUAGCAAAGAUCCAGUUGUUAAACCCAAAACUGGAAAGGAAAAGCUGAAGGAACUCUUCCCAGUGCUUUGUCAACCAGACAACCCGUCUGUCCGGACCAUGCUGGAUGAGGAUGAUGUGAAAGUCGCUGUGGAUGUCCUGAAAGAACUGGAGGCCUUAAUGCCCAGUGCAGCGGGCCAGGAGAAGCAAAGAGAUGCGGAGCACCGAGACAAGACAAAGAAGAAGAAGCGGAGCCGGAGCCGUGACCGUGACCGCGACCGCGAGCGUGACCGGGAGCGGGAGCGAGACCGUGAUAGAGACCACAAGAGGAGACACCGGUCCCGCUCUCGGUCACAUUCCAGGACCCGGGAGAGGAAUAAAGGGAAGUCUAGAUAUCGGUCUAGGAGCAGAAGUCAGAGUCCCCCCAAAGACCGGAAGGACCGGGACAAGUAUGGGGAGAGGAAUCUGGACAGAUGGCGGGAUAAACACGUGGACCGCCCUCCCCCGGAGGAGCCUGCCAUUGGGGACAUUUACAAUGGCAAAGUUACCAGCAUCAUGCAGUUUGGAUGCUUCGUGCAGCUAGAGGGAUUAAGGAAGCGGUGGGAAGGCCUGGUGCACAUCUCUGAGCUCCGGCGAGAAGGCCGUGUGGCCAAUGUGGCUGAUGUGGUGAGCAAAGGCCAGAGGGUCAAAGUCAAAGUGCUAUCCUUCACUGGGACCAAGACCAGUCUGAGCAUGAAGGAUGUGGAUCAAGAGACUGGUGAAGAUCUAAAUCCUAAUCGACGACGAAAUCUUGUUGGGGAGACCAAUGAAGAGACUUCAAUGAGGAAUCCGGACAGACCCACUCACCUCUCCCUCGUCAGCGCCCCUGAAGUAGAGGAUGACUCUCUGGAGCGCAAGCGCCUUACCCGCAUCUCUGAUCCAGAGAAGUGGGAGAUCAAACAGAUGAUCGCUGCCAAUGUCCUUUCCAAAGAAGAGUUUCCGGACUUCGAUGAAGAGACUGGCAUUCUCCCUAAAGUGGAUGAUGAAGAAGAUGAAGAUCUUGAGAUCGAGCUGGUUGAGGAAGAGCCUCCAUUCCUGAGAGGGCACACCAAGCAAAGCAUGGACAUGAGCCCUAUUAAAAUCGUUAAGAACCCGGAUGGUUCCCUCUCCCAAGCAGCAAUGAUGCAGAGUGCCUUAGCCAAAGAAAGGCGGGAACUCAAGCAGGCCCAGCGGGAAGCUGAGAUGGAUUCUAUUCCCAUGGGGCUCAACAAACACUGGGUUGAUCCUCUGCCUGAUGCGGAAGGCAGACAGAUCGCUGCCAAUAUGAGGGGUAUCGGGAUGAUGCCCAAUGACAUUCCCGAGUGGAAGAAGCAUGCUUUUGGGGGCAACAAAGCUUCUUAUGGAAAAAAGACCCAGAUGUCAAUCAUUGAACAGAGAGAGAGCCUGCCCAUCUACAAACUGAAGGAGCAGCUGGUCCAGGCUGUUCAUGACAAUCAAAUCCUGAUUGUUAUUGGAGAGACAGGAUCUGGGAAGACAACGCAGAUCACCCAAUACCUGGCAGAGGCAGGCUACACUUCCCGGGGCAAGAUUGGAUGUACCCAGCCCCGAAGAGUAGCAGCCAUGUCGGUGGCCAAAAGAGUGUCGGAAGAGUUUGGUUGUUGCUUAGGCCAGGAGGUGGGCUACACCAUUCGGUUUGAGGACUGCACCAGCCCAGAAACAGUCAUCAAGUACAUGACAGAUGGGAUGUUGCUGCGAGAGUGCCUGAUUGAUCCCGACCUCACACAGUAUGCAAUCAUCAUGCUGGAUGAGGCGCACGAGAGAACAAUUCACACUGAUGUGCUCUUUGGAUUGUUGAAGAAGACGGUUCAGAAACGGCAGGACAUGAAGCUGAUUGUCACCUCAGCCACAUUGGAUGCAGUGAAGUUUUCUCAGUACUUCUAUGAAGCUCCCAUCUUCACCAUCCCAGGUCGAACAUAUCCAGUGGAAAUACUGUACACAAAGGAACCUGAGACAGAUUAUCUAGAUGCCAGCUUGAUCACUGUCAUGCAGAUCCACUUAACAGAACCACCAGGUGACAUCCUCGUCUUCCUGACCGGUCAGGAGGAGAUCGAUACCGCGUGCGAGAUCCUGUACGAGAGAAUGAAAUCCCUGGGACCGGAUGUCCCAGAGCUGAUCAUCCUGCCCGUGUACUCUGCUCUCCCCAGUGAGAUGCAGACCCGAAUCUUUGACCCGGCCCCACCUGGCAGCAGAAAGGUCGUGAUUGCCACGAACAUCGCAGAGACCUCGCUGACCAUUGACGGCAUCUACUAUGUGGUGGACCCUGGGUUUGUGAAGCAGAAAGUUUACAAUUCCAAGACUGGCAUCGACCAGCUCGUGGUCACUCCCAUCUCUCAGGCUCAGGCAAAGCAGCGAGCUGGCAGAGCCGGGAGAACGGGCCCAGGGAAGUGUUACAGGCUGUACACAGAACGUGCCUACCGAGAUGAAAUGCUGACCACCAAUGUGCCGGAAAUCCAGAGGACCAACCUGGCGAGCACAGUGCUCUCUCUCAAGGCCAUGGGCAUCAAUGACCUGCUGUCCUUUGACUUCAUGGAUGCCCCUCCGAUGGAAACCUUGAUCACAGCCAUGGAGCAACUGUACACACUGGGGGCCUUGGAUGACGAGGGCCUGCUUACUCGCCUGGGCCGCAGGAUGGCAGAAUUCCCUCUGGAGCCAAUGCUGUGCAAAAUGCUGAUCAUGUCUGUGCAUCUGGGCUGCAGUGAGGAAAUGCUGACCAUUGUGUCCAUGCUGUCUGUGCAGAAUGUCUUCUACAGGCCCAAGGAUAAACAAGCCCUUGCAGAUCAAAAGAAAGCUAAAUUCCACCAGACCGAAGGGGACCACCUCACCCUGCUGGCUGUGUACAACUCCUGGAAGAACAACAAGUUCUCCAACCCCUGGUGCUAUGAGAACUUCAUCCAGGCUCGUUCGCUGCGUCGGGCCCAGGAUAUUCGCAAGCAGAUGUUAGGCAUAAUGGACAGACACAAGCUGGAUGUGGUCUCCUGUGGCAAGUCCACAGUCCGAGUGCAAAAGGCCAUCUGCAGUGGAUUCUUCCGGAAUGCUGCCAAGAAAGACCCUCAGGAGGGCUACCGGACACUGAUUGACCAACAGGUGGUCUACAUCCACCCUUCCAGUGCUCUCUUCAAUAGACAGCCAGAAUGGGUGGUGUAUCACGAGCUGGUACUGACCACGAAGGAGUACAUGCGUGAGGUCACCACUAUCGACCCCAGGUGGCUUGUGGAAUUUGCUCCAGCCUUCUUCAAGGUCUCCGACCCGACCAAGCUAAGCAAGCAGAAGAAGCAGCAGCGUCUUGAACCCUUGUACAACCGCUACGAGGAACCCAACGCUUGGAGAAUAUCCCGGGCCUUCCGACGGCGCUGAGAGGUGACACUUCUCUGUCUGCCUCUCCUGCAGUGGGGGCCCAGGGCUUGGACUCCCUUUUAUUGAUGAAGAGCUGGUCCUGAGGAUGCAGCCGUCCAGUGACUGAAUAUCUUCACUGGGCGUUUUCUAAACUUGAUUCUUAUUUCUUCCCUGGUGGUCAAAAUAGAAACAGGGAUUUACGCCUGGUUUGACCAGAGCCCCCAGCCCUGACCACCUCAAGGCACUGUGGCCAGCCGGGGCUCGCAGCCAGUAUGGGAGUACAUGGCAUCAUCUCCACAAAAUGGGCAACUCGUGGAGCCCUAGGAUGGGAAAACGGAGUUGCGAGCAUCUGACGCCCAGACGUAGCGAGGGCCCCGACGCCCGAGCUGGGACUCUGGAGGAAGGGGCCGCGGAGCUCACUGACAGUGUUGGCCCCACUUCUGCCCCUGCCCAGCCCCUGUACUUUCGCUUAACCUCUUGGAAAUAUUUAUUUUCUUAACGAAACAUAAAUGGUUUUCUGUGGCUGUUU